UUUUAGUAUUUUCAAGUCAUUGUUAAUAAUUUACAGUUUUUAUUGAAACUGAACUAGAACUCGUUCAAAAUUUUUUUAGUCCAAUAAAUCGAUAUCAGCGAUACUCCGAAUAAUCGAUCUCAGAUCGACAUCGCUAUUUAAAUAGACACUUGAAAGCUCAAAAUAAGUGUCGAUUUAUUUUGAGCUUUCAAGUGUCUAUUUCAGCUUUCAUGUUUCAGAUUUCAGCUUUGUGUAUAAACUAUAAAGUUGUUUUUGUUCAGUUUGAAGUUGACUGUUGAGAAAUGAGUUGAUUUUGAUUUGAUUCGUGAGACUGCCUAGACUAAUCAAUUAUCAAUAAAAUCAUGUAAAAGAUUGAAUUAUUGUGAAGUAUUUACCUCAAUUUAUACAAUAUAUUACAAUUUUAAAAAUUUUUCAUCCACGCCCAUCGUUUUUCCUGUUUCGGUUGACAAACCGUAUAAAGGAAAUGACUGAAAAGAAAGACUUUUCUGCCAAUUUUCGAAGUAUUGAUGGGUAUGAUGGAGAAAAGUUGGUCUAUCCAGCAGCUUCAAGAAAUAAAGGACCAAUAUUACAAGUACUAAAAAGGCUUAUUUUAAAUGACGAAGACACAAGCACAAAAGAUGAAAAGACAUUAUUUCUUGAAAUAGCUUCUGGUUCUGGUCAGCAUUUAGCACAUUUUGCACCAAAUUUUCCAAAUGUCAUAUUCCAGCCAUCUGAUGUAGAUGAAACUGUAUUAGGAAGUAUUUUAUUUUAUGCUGAUAAUUGUCCUACAAAGAAUAUCUUGCUGCCAAAAGUCAUAGAUAUAAGAAAUGAUUUAUCAGAUUAUGGAUUUACAGAAAAUUCAAUUGAUUACUUAUAUGUUUGUAACAUGAUUCAUAUAAGUCCGUUUGAAUGUACAAUAAGUUUAUUCAAAAAUGCUGGUAAACAUUUAAAGCCGGAAGCUCUAAUGAUUAUAUAUGGACCUAUUAGUAGGGAUGGUGUUAUCACUCCUCAAAGUAAUAUAGACUUUGAUGAAAAACUUAGAGCAAGAGAUCCUUCAUGGGGUAUUCGUGAUAUUGGUGAACUGGUAAAACUUGGAGAAAAUAAUAAUUUGCAUCUCAUUGAUACUGUAGAAAUGCCUGCAAAUAAUUUCACAUUAAUAUGGAGAAAAGUAUAGUUAGUAUUUUAAGUAUUAGUAAUUUUAUUAAUAUUGUAAACUAAGUUAUUAUUUAACCAAUUUAUGUAUUUAAGCAAAUAAAAGCCUCUACUAUCAGCUAAUAGGUAACAGCUUUUACCAAAAUUAUUUAUUUAAUUUAUAAAUUUUUACCUUUCUAUAAAACACUUCUAUGAUCUGUCAAGUUUGAAUUUAUAAUGAAUACUUAUCUGAAUUACAUUGGUAAAGUUAAAAUUAUAUGAAAUCAUUAUUAAUGGUCUAAUUUAAGUUGUUUGCUAGUUUUAAUUAUUUCAAGAAACUGGAGUAAAUACAUGUAGGUAUCAGAAAACUCUUGGGAAUGUUAUGGGAUGGGGUAAAAUGAUAUGUCUGGUUUAACACCAAGAAGUCUCAGAUUUGAGCUCUAACCAUUUAGUAAACCUUCUUUAUCAUCAUAUUAGAUAAUAUGAUGAUAAAGUGAAGAUUCACUCUUAUUGGUACCCCACUUAGUAUGGAAAUUAUUAAGUGAUUGUUGAAUGUUGUUAUAUUGAAGGCAAAGCAAAUUGGCUCCGAAGAAACUGGAGAUCAUCAAAUACGGCCGCAUAAUUGUGGAGUUUUGUUCUAAAUACAUCUUAUCUCUGUACUUAUACAACCCAAAUUCGGGUCUCCAUUUGCCCACAAGUGUAAGAGUCAUUUUAUUUUUUCAACAUGCUCGUGUGGUGUCGCACCAGAACUAUUAACAACAAAAGUCAACACGUUACAAUGAAAACUUCAGAAACAAAGUAGUGAUAGCACGAAAAUAUCACGACAUGUCCCUAACGGUACCUAAUGAAACUGCAACCGUGCUGAUGCAACAGGACGAGCGCGAAAAGGUGAACGGAAAACGGGAUGGGGAUUCACGGAUACUGUAUGUCAACGCCGAGUAUGUCUUUUCUCCUGCACGUACAUAAACAUUAUAAUUUAUACAGUAAAAUAAGCGAAAAACAUAAUUUUAACACUAGAAAUAACUACAAGCUUAUAGUGCCCCUACUAGGCUCUGUAAAAUAAACAAUUCUUUUGCAUGCGAUAGUAUUAAAUUUUACAAUAAAUUACCAUAAAGUGUAUAUGAAUUAUCAAUAAAUAAAUUUAAAUCUUUUAUUAAACGCAGACUUAUGUCGAAGGCUUAUUACAGUAUUGAAGAUUACGUAAACGAUAUUACAAUAUGGAAUUAAAUAGUAUUAUAGUUGUUUUUUAUGGAUUAUAUGGUUCAGCCUUGUGUUGUUUCACUGGUUUGCACUGUUUUGAAAAUAUGUUUAAACUUUUAUGUAAUUAAUAUGAAUGUAUCUGAAUUGUAUUUUUUGUGAUUGACGUUGGCGAGCAGUCUUUUGAUUUUAUUUCAAUAAAAAUAUAUUUUGACUUUA